AUGGGAACGAGCGUCGAAGAAAGACCAGCCCAAGCCAUCGGACUAAAAGCGCGGGCCCUGACCAGACGAGGCCUAGAGCGCCCACUGUCCUGCAAGCCUGCGAGCCCUGCGAGGUGGCACCGCAUCCAUUAUAGAGCAAAGUGGAGCCUGAGCACCACGCUCCCCCUAAUCACUUCCCCUCGCGAGCCAAUCACCGCAGGCAACGUCAGUGGUCACUGCGCCGAGCAACUGAGAGUCUUGCUCCCUGCCGUCGACGAAGAGACACUCGUUGACUCCAGCAUCGACUCUGGCGUCGAAAAAGGACUAGCCGAAAUUCUCUCUCGCGCCGGCCAUCCGAUUCUUCCUCUUCAUCCUCCUCAUCAUCGCAGGCGUAAUUUCGAGGACCUGAUCCUCUCACACUCGUUACCACAACCGCCGACCGCCUCGCUCCUUCCUCGCCCGCUCCUUCUCACCGACCAGCCAAAGACGGCAACAACUCUUCUGGCCUCAAUUGCCAUGCACGGCGCCCUUCGGCGCGGCGGCCUCGUUCGCCAACUCCGGCUGCUUUGUUCGUCAUGGCAGCAGCAGCAGCCGCCCUACCUCGUGUCGGCCCUGGAAUUCAGGGAAGUCCCUGAAUCGAACCUCGAUCUCUCUCAGCUUGGCAGGAUAGGCUUGGCCGGAAACUUCAACGGAAUUUCCCUCUACGAAUUUGAAGGGCAAAACGAGUUGGCGCUAAGUACCAAUGGAAGUGAGGCGCUUCUCGCAAGACUACCCAACGGCGCAUUCGCAUCAAUAGCGUCAACCGAUGCCUCGAUCCACGACAUGUGUGCAUCUUUGCUCGACUCAGGGGAGAUGGCAGGAGUGGUAAUAGCCGGUAAUUUUACGAGCGUCGAUGGCACCCCUUCUCAGGGCGUUGCCCUGUUCAACACGACGUCUUCCCAAUUCGUUCCCCUCGACGGCCUGUCGGGACAGGUCAACGCCUUGCUCUGCGACGAGAAGAACAACAUGGUCUACGCUGGCGGCAACUUCCGCCACGCAAACUCGACAACCAACGCCAUCGCUUGGGUCCAUGGCCAAGGGUGGACACCGCUUCCUUUCGCGGGGUUUAACGGCCCAGUCUCCUCCAUUACCAAGGCGUCCAACGAUCACAUCAUCUUCGGAGGAAGCUUCACGGGACUCGGCAACACCAGCACGCCAACCACUCCAGAUGGCCAGAUUAUAAACCUGUCGGGCGCCAACGUCACGGCCGCCUCCAGCAGCCGUACGACUGGCUUCAGCGACCCCCGCAACAUCUUGUGCAAGACGGAAGGCGCGGGCGGUGCGGGCAACAGCUGGCUCCUCGAGGAUGGCUCGCCCGGCUUCUGGCGCGCUCAAUUCAGCUUCGGCUUCGAGCCCACCAAGUUGCGCCUGUGGAACACUCGUCAGGAUGGCCGCGGCACCCGGACCUGGCGCUUCACGGCCUUUCCCAUCAAUGGUAUUCUCAACAUGACAUACGUCGACCCUGCGACCGGCCAGAAUGCUACCUGCACGAGUGAAUGCCCCCUGAGUAACGACCCGGCUGUCACCUUCCAGGAUUUCCAUUUCAUCAACAACGUCGGCAUGAACGAGUUCCGCAUCGACAUCUCUGAGUUCUAUGGCGCCGGUGGCGGUCUGAAUGGCAUCCAGCUUUUUCGGCGAGACAUCUUCGCCUACGCCAUCAACGACUUCAACGAGCCUACUUGUGAGGGCCUCGGCAUCCAGACGCCCUCGACGGCCACGGCAACCGGACCUUGGACAGAAUCGCCUUCGCUGCAGAGCAACUCUCGCUAUUUGACGGCUCAGUUCUCUGCCAACAACCUUUCCGGCAACUACUCAGUUGAGAUGUACACACCCGGCUGCAUUCAAGACGACACUUGCACGUCGAGGGGCCAGCGGGUCGGCUUCUCGCUCGUGAAUUCGACGGGCGGACUCAACGGCUUGUUCGACUACGAUCCAUCCGCCUCAUCGUUCGACAAGAACGACUUCACCAGCUCCGCCAUCAACCAGUUGGGCGCAAGCUUUUCUUCCCAGUCUGCGGUGACAAGCCUCAAGACUGUCGGCGAUGUGGUAAUUGUCGGAGGCAAUUUCACGUCGGCGGAUGGCAGGAAUGUCGUGGGCAUCAACAUUGCCGAUCAGAAGGUCCAGCCGCUCGACGGAGGACUCAACGGCGAGGUCAUGGCCAUGCAUCUGGAGGGCUCUCAACUGUACGUUGGCGGCGAGUUCUCGAAUUCACUCGACAACAGCAUCACAGGUCUCAACAAUGUCGGUGUCUAUGCCUCGGACAAUGACACCUGGACUGCUCUGGGAGCUGGCGUUAACGGAAAGGUCAUCCAUGUGGUUCCCAUGCUGCUCAACUCUACCAAUGAUGGAGCCGAGACGGUGGUUUCCUUCACUGGUAACUUUGAUGAAAUCAACGAGUUCGGCGACAACACGGCCGUAUCCGUGUCUGGUUUCGCAAUUUGGGUGCCGUCGCGGAACAACUGGCUCCAGAACCUUGAGGGCGUCUUCCCCGCCUACAGUGGUAUUCUGACUGCUGCAGUCCUCGAUGUACCCGACAGCGUACCCCUGUUCGCAGGCUCCAUGAGCUCCGCCACUCUGAGCGCCAACGGCGCCGUUACCCUCUCUGAAAGGCUUGGCCAAUUCCCCGUCAGAAUCCAGCAACCGAGUUCGAGCUCCUCAGCGCUCCAGCGCCGCGAUAUUUUGUCGAGUGGUUCGCAGGUAAACGGCGUUGUGACCGGAGCCUUCUACAACCAGGACGAUCGGAACGUCACUGUUCUCGCCGGCCACUUCACAGCAACCAGCGGCGGCUCGACCCUUCAGAAUUUAGUCUUCAUCAACGGCUCCGACAACGACGCGGUGCGCGGCAUCGACUCGGGCGUCUCUGAGAACUCCACUUUUGUUGCGGUUGCAAUUGUCGGCGACACGCUCUUCGCCGGCGGCGACGUCAGCGGCAACAUCAACACGGACACCGUUCGAGGCCUACUCACCUACAACCUCGCGACUGCCAGUCAUGGCUCGCAACCCCCGGGCCUCAACGGAGGCAACGGCACCGUCUCGGCUAUCGAGGUUCGUCCAGAGACCGGAGAUGUCUAUGUCGGCGGCGCUUUUGAAUCCGCUGGCUCGUUCGACUGCCCCGGUGUGUGUUAUUAUAGCACAGACCGCUCGCAGUGGAACCGACCUGGCACCGGUCUCGAGGGCAAUGUCAGCACAUUGCUGUGGGCGAGCGAAUCGCGCCUUAUCGUCGGUGGCGGCAUGCGACUAAACGAUUCUCUGGUGUCGCUCGUAGAGUAUGACGCCGAUGACCAGACCUGGACUGCGUUCCCCGGCCAGAAUGACCUACCCGGGCCCGUCGAUGCCAUGACACGCGGCUCACAGAACGGAGAUCAACUCUGGGUUGCAGGCACUUCCUCUAACGGAGGAUCAGUCUAUCUUAUGAAGUACGACGGAUCCGAAUGGCACCGUGCUGGCGAGUCGCUCCUGCCAAGAACGGUCAUCCACAGCCUCCAGAUCUUCACUGUCACUUCUUCCCAUGAGGGCACCGACACGCUUGAAGCGGACAAGGUUUUAAUGUUGACCGGCUCCAUCGGUAUCCCCGAUUUCGGCACAGCCUCUGCCGCCAUUUUCAACGGCACCGGCUUUGUACCUUAUGCCCUGACCACCAACAACGGCAAUGGUGUCGGAACGAUCAGCAAAUUCUUCUCCCAAAACCAAGACUUCUUCAGCGACAAGGGCGGCAAGAUGGCUCUUGUCUUCGUUGUGUUGAUAGGUUUGGCUAUCGCACUCGGCCUCAUGUUCCUUCUUGUCAUUGCGGGCAUUCUUCUCGAUCGCCUUCGCAAGAAGCGCGAGGGGUACACCCCAGCGCCCACGUCCAUGUACGACCGUGGGAGUGGCAUCCAGAGGAUACCGCCGCACGAACUCCUCGAGUCCCUUGGCAAAGGGCGUCCCGGUGCGCCUCGUAUCUAA